UAAUUAACCAAGCCGCGCCUCCCUCAGAUGUGCUAUUUAAGGCUCCACUGCCACACUUCAACAUUCAGUGAGAACAGAGAUUCCUCUCCAUUCACAGCAUCUCACAAUCAUGGGCAGGUUGAUUCUUAUCGCAGGUCUCUGCUUGGCCAUUACCAGCUUGGCUUCUGCCUAUCAGCUGAUGUGUUACAUCGAAAUCAGCUCUACAGGCCGAACAGCACCUGCAGAUUUCAGCGUCCCUGAUGUUGAUGGAACUCUCUGUACCCAUCUGGUUGUGGCCCACGCUGACAUAGAUGGGAAUGAUUUGGUCGCUAAUGAGAACGAUGAUCUCACAUUCUACACCAGUGUAACCAAUCUGAAAAACGACCAUUCAAGUCUCAAAGUCCUUCUGUCAGUUGGUGGCGCAGACUUUGACACACAAAAGUUCUCAGACAUGGCAGCAACAGAUGUGAAUAGAGGUGAAUUCACCGCAUCCGCUAUCACUUUCCUGAGAGAUAACAACUUUGAUGGACUCAUGCUAGACUGGAGAUACCCACAUGAAACAGAUGACAAAGAUCGGUUCACAACACUCUGCGAGGAGCUGUCCGAUGCCUUUGAUGGUGAAUCAUCUUCAAACACAUUGCUGCUCGGGGCUGCAGUGUCUGGCAUGAGAUCCAUCAUUGACGAGAGCUACGACAUCGGAGUGGUUGCCGGGUACCUGGACCUGAUCAACGUGAUGGCUUAUGACUAUUACAAUGCCAACGGUGGACAAGCAAGACAUCCUUCUCCUUUGUUCAAAGGGAAUUUGGACAGUGGAGAAUUUAUACCCUGGAAUGCAGCAAAUGCAAUGAUGUACUGGAAGAACAAAGGCGCAGACGCUGAAAAGCUUCUCUUGGGGGUUGCUGCAUACGGAAGAACCUUCGUUCUUGCUUCAGGUCUACAACAUGGGAUUGGACAUCAAACCCUUGGUGCCGGUGAAGCAGGCACUUACACCAAUGAAGACGGAUUCCUGUCCUAUUUUGAGAUUUGUUCAGGAGAUUUUGAAUUUGUUCGUUUGGAGUCACAAAAGGUUUCUUACGGUCAUCAUGAAGAACAGUGGGUCGGCUUGGAAAAUGUUGACAGUGUUGGUGAUAAGGCAACGUUUGUCAUCAACUACAGCUUUGGAGGGGUUGCCUUCUGGUCACUGGACCUGGAUGACUUUAAUGACGACUGUGGAGAUGGCAAUUACCCCCUUCUCACAAACAUCCGUGAUGUCCUCAGUGAAGAUAUAACCACAAUUCCCUCCCAAACCGCUGAGGACACCGGGAGCCGUUGUCCCCUGACAAAUUACAGACUCUACUGCAUUGGAAUGGACAACGGACUGUACAGCGUUCCCGGUUAUCCAACGUGUUACUUCAACUGUUGGAAUGAUGAGACCGAGCUCCAAGACUGUCCUGGACAUCAAACGUUCGAUGAGGAGUGUGAAUGCUGUGUCGAUGAUGACUCAUACGCUGACCCUGAUCCUUGUCCUGGGGAAGAAAAUAACUUCUGUGCUGGAAAAGGGGAUGGCCACUAUAGUGUCUGUAGUGAUCAAACCAAGUUCUACCAGUGUGCUGGUGGUCUUACAUAUAUCCACAGCUGUCCCGCUAACACAGUCUGGGACGUUUCUACAUGUGUAAUGGCUGUAUAAACAAAACUCAUUAACUUUUUCUCCAAAAUGAAACACAUA